AUGCCCGGCAGCGGCGGCGGCGCUGUGUCUGUCACACCGAGCGCGUGCCGCGGACGCCAGUCGGGCACGAUGCGCGGCUGGGCUCUGGUGGCCGCCGUGCUGCUAUCGGCCGCGGCGCUGCCCGAGGAAGAUAGCCCGGCUACGCCGGACUACGUCGAGCUCGAGCUUGGCGGCGAGCCGGCCCGCAACCGGACCCGCUGGGACUCGCGCUUCGUGGACGCCGAGGGACGCUUCCUGGCCAAGAUCAUGGCCACCUUCAUUCUGAGCAAAGACCUCACGCGCAGCUUCGACUACCGCAUCGCCAAACCAGCGCUUGACAUUGCCAUCGCCAAGGUCCGCAAGUUGUACCCGCACAUUGCGUUCGAACUGAUCGGCCGACGCGGCUACACAUCGUGCAUAAACAACUACGCGGGCAACUAUGCGGCCGAAGAAUACCUGGGCGGUGGUGUGGCGGCCUUCGUGGGUCCCGGCUGCUCAAUGGCCGUGGACUCUGUGGGACGACUGGCCUCGCACUGGAACGUGCCGGUGUGCACGGCUGCCGGGGUUGGAGCGCAGUUCGAGGACCGAACCAUUUACGGCACGCUGGUGCGCCUCGCGCUCACCAUCAACGCGCUGCGGGACGCCUUCCUCCAGGUGUUGCGCCAUUUCGGCUGGCGGCAUCUAGUGGUGCUAUCGGACAGUUCACAGUCCUUCUUCCGGCAGCUGCGACGUGCUCUCGAAGGCCUGUUCGCCGACCCUGACACGGGAGUGCGUGCCGUCUUCCGUGACUUCGAUUCUAGCCGCUCGUCCGUCAACUACACCUCGCUGCUGGUCGAAGGCCGCUCGUAUGCGAGGGUCUUCCUGUUGGCUGGCGAUGGAGAGGUAAUUCGGCAGCUGCUGCUUGACGCACACGACCUGGGCAUGCACGAUGGUCACUUCGCCUUCCUCACGGCCGAACCGUACAAGAACGAGCGUUACUUUGGAGAGUUCUCUUGGUACAAGGAAGGGGACUCCAGGAACAUGGAAGUCCGCAGGAUGUACGAAGCUCUGAUGAUUUUGUCACUGAAGAUCCCAACCAGUCCAGAGUACAAGCAAUUUGUGCGACAGGUGGUGCGUAACUCGAGGAAAGAGUUCAACACCACAAUAGAGGACUCCAUCGUGAACGUGCUUAUCGCGGGAUUUUACGACUGUAUCCAGCUGUAUGCAUGGGCGCUGAAUGAGACGCUCGCCAACGGGGGAGACCCUAUGGACGGCCGCGCACUUAUCGACCUCAUCAUGAACAGCACGCGAUACGGACUGACGGGCAAAAUUCACUUCAAUGCCAACGGAGACCGCAUCGCUGAAUACGCGCUGAAGGCUCUCGACCCUACCACACUCGAAAUGCGGCCCGUGGCUGUUUACCACGGGGCACGACAGGUGCUGGUGCCGGUAGAGAACGUGACCAUCUACUGGCCGGGUCGGCGCACCGAUGCACCGCAGGACGUGCCCGAGUGCGGUUUUCUUGGGGACGCCCCUCACUGCCAGAGAAAAGAGUCGCCCACGCUGCUGAUCGUGGUGACGCUGGUGACGCUGUUGAGUUUCUUUGGCAUGGCCAUAGUCGCCCUCCUGUUCUACCGGAGGGUGCAGCUGGAGACGCAACUAGCAAACUUCUGGUGGAGCAUCAAGUGGGAGGACAUCGCUUUUCCGGAGAGAAGCCGGAAGUCUGCUAGUAGCCUCGCCACCAACGACGAAGCCCUGUCCAAAGGCUCACCCAGAUUUGGAGGUGCCUGUUCUAACCAAGGUUACUACGGUGAUGUCCACGUUGGGAUCUACAAGGGCAUGACCGUGGCAGUGAAGACCAUUCGCAUCACCAAGUUCGCGGCCAAUCGAACCAUCCUCCUGGAACUGAAACAGAUGAGGGACGUGACCCACGAGAACCUGGUUCGGCUGGUGGGCCUCACCACCGAGGACCCGAACGUGGGGCUCGUCAUGGAGUACUGCCCCCGAGGGAGCCUCAGGGAUCUCCUGGAAAACGAGUCACUCAAGCUGGACUGGACAUUCAGGUACUCCAUCAUCAACGACAUUGUCGAGGGCAUGAGCUUCCUGCACGGUGGCUUCAUCGGCUUCCACGGCCGCCUGAAGUCCACCGCCUGCCUCAUCGACGCCCGAUUUGUGGUGAAAAUCUCAAACUUUGGCCUGCGAGAGCUUCGGAAGCAGGUGACGCCGCCCGAAAUCGAGAACCCUCGGAGCCUUCUGUGGACAGCCCCCGAGCACUUGCGCGAGGAGAUUCCUGGCGGCUCGGUCAAGGGAGACGUCUACAGCUUCGCCAUCAUUCUUCAGGAGAUCCUCACCCGCUCGGGGCCCUUCGAGAACUUGGAGAAGUAUUCAAAGCACUUCCUACCUCCGGAAGAGAUCCUGUUUCGAGUGAAGCUGGGCUCGCGGCCACCGUUCCGACCUGACGUCACUCCCGCCGACUGCCCGCGCGAGCUGCUGUCACUCAUGAAACUCUGCUGGAAUGAGAGCCCCGCGCUGCGUCCUUCGUUUGCCAUACUCAAGCAGCUGAUGCGCAAGUAUACCAGGCGAAUGGGUAGCAGCAACCUGCUGGACAAUCUUCUGCAACGCAUGGAGCAGUACGCCAACAAUUUGGAGCAGCUGGUCGAGGAGAAGACGGCCGCGCUGGUCGAGGAGAAGCGCAAGAGCGACGAGCUGCUCUACGAGGUGCUGCCACGCUCGGUGGCCGAGCAGCUCAAGCGCGGCGAGUACGUGCAGCCGGAGGCAUUCGAGUGCGCUACCAUCUGCUUCAGCGACAUCGUCGGCUUCACGGCCAUCUGCGCGCACAGCACGCCCAUUGAGGUGGUGGACCUGCUCAACGACCUGUACUCCUGCUUCGACGCCAUCAUCAUCAACUACGACGUGUUCAAGGUGGAGACCAUCGGAGACGCCUACAUGGUGGUGUCUGGCCUGCCUGUACGCAACGGCAAAGAGCACGCACGAGAGAUCGGCCGCAUGACGCUGUCACUUCUUACGGCCAUCUCGGGCUUCCGCAUCCGGCACCAGCCGUCCAACAAGCUACGUCUGCGCAUCGGCGUCCACUCGGGCCCCUGUGCGGCCGGCGUGGUGGGCCUAAAGAGACCCCGCUACUGCCUCUUCGGCGACUCGGUCAACACUGCCUCCCGUAUGGAGAGCUGCGGCGAGGCCAUGAAGAUCCACAUCACUCGCGAAACCAAGCGCCUGCUCGACACCUUCGGCACCUUCCGACACCGACUGCGUGGAGACAUCUACGUCAAGGGUAAAGGCAUGAUGCGCACCUAUUUCCUGGAAGCAGAGGACCCUCCUUUCUCGCCGGACAUAGGCUUGCAGGGAACAUUCUUCACAAACGAGCACCUGAUGCGCCAGCUUUGAAAGGGACCAACUUCCAUCGAGUGGCUACGUACCGGCACCAAUCGUCCGCAUCGUUUUUCACCAUGCGUUGUCGCACCUAUCUACUAAGCGGCAUAA